ACCGUUAAGACAAAUGCGGUUGCUAUCUUGUCAUAGCAUGUUUGUGCCUUCUGUCAGCUAUAAAUACCUGCUGGGUUGUAGAACAUACAAUAUGCGCAGUCGCAGCACGUGUGAAUCGCGAUCACGGCCUACUGUUGCGUUUUCUUAUUACGCCUGAAGCGUAGAGCAACAGUAACAGCAACGAAACAUAUGAACGAAACAUUUUUUACCGCAGCGUGUAGCAAAAAAACCGCAUUACAUACCUUUGUCUUUUUGGUUGAAAAUACGUAUUUCUUGUUUCACGGGCAAGCAUGGCGAACAAUUUUGAGGACAUAUGCGAAAUACGAAAAAGUGAUCAGUUAGGCAGGUUUCUGGUCGCCAAUCGGGAUAUCAAACCAGGUGAGCUUAUAUUGGCCGAAGAUCCAAUCGUUGUAGGACCCUACUGGGAUGCUGAUAUUAGCUGCCUGGGAUGCCUUGGGCCUGCGUCGAGAACAUGCAGAGUGUGUUUAAAGGGGCCGCUAUGCCGCGACUGUUCGCGACACGAUCCAGUGGAGUGCAGUUUUUAUGAACAAGCCUCAAAAUUGAACAAAAAUUUUCUCUUCGAUCACUUCAAUAUCAUUACUCCACUUCGCUGUCUCCUACUGUAUCGUAGUGAUCGAGACAAGUAUAACGAGAUGAUGGCCAUGGAAUCGCAUUUCGAAAGUCGCAGGGAUACAGAAAUUUGGCACAUCCACAAUCAGUACGUGGUUGAGCCGAUGUUGAAUGAAAAGGAUUUCCAACAGAUCGACGAUCUCACAGUUACGGGAGAGCUACUGCAGCGUAUAUGUGGCAUUUUGGAUGUAAAUACGUUCGAGAUACGCGGAAAUAUGGACAGCCAGGGAGUGCAGAUGAAUAAUUUAGCUCGAGGGCUGUAUCCGAAAACAUCACUCAUGACACACAAUUGCCAAACGAACACAUUGAUUGCCGUUGACGGAAUGUCUAAGCUGCGAUUAUAUUCGUCCAUCGGCAUCAAAGCAGGAGAAUUGUUAUAUUAUAACUACACUCGGGUAUUAUUUAGCACAUUUGAAAGACAAACGCAUCUUAGAAAAGGAAAAUACUUUAUAUGUAACUGUGCACGCUGCAGCGAUCCAACCGAAUUGGGCACCCAUUUAAGCUCACUAAAAUGUACGGCCUGUGACGAUGGGUUAUGUGUUUUCCAUCCAGAAACACCAAAAUGGGAAUGUCUUACGUGUGGCCAUCAACUGCCUAGGGAGUAUGUCAAUCAGAUCAUGUGCGAGGCCAGAGACGAUAUUUCCAGCUGUGCUCUUGAUAGUCGUAACCUGGAGAAAGUAAUAGGAAAACAUUCAAAAACGCUCAAUCCACACCAUUCUCUUGUACUAGAAGCAAAGCAAAGCCUUGCUGGUGAGCUACGGAACAUGUGCAUGUCUUAUGAUAUACACAACGUACCUCGUCAAGCCUUGAAACGCAAGCUAGAACUAUGCGAAGAGAUGCUGCAAAUAUUACGCGUACUGGAUCCGGGUGUAUCAAGAUUAACGGGGAUUGCUUUGUAUGAAUAUCAUGCAGCAUUAGUUGAUUUAUCACGCCGCAACCACGACAUAGGAGAGAUCAAAACUCCUGAACUGCUGGAACGCCUGAAACUGUCAGAAGCUGCUUUAAAGGAAGCUAUAGGUAUGUUAGUAUUUGAGCAUCGUACGACGCCAGAAGGUCAACUAACAAAAAAGGCCAUGUGUGAGCUAAAAGAACUUCGCGAAUAUAUACAAAAAGUACAAGCUAUGGAAGAAGACGAACGUACGGAUCGGCAAGUUAGAGGAAAAUGUAACAUUAAUGCAGGAAAGUGUAAAAAAUAACAGCACAGUGUAGCGGUUACGAUUGAAUUAUUGUUUGAUCUAUGAUGUGAAGCAUAUCUUUCAAAAUGUGCGAUCUGUUUUGGCAAUCCGGUGGUUGACAGUAAACACACUCUGUCAGAAGAUUUUGUAGCAUCUUUGAAGCUUCACCAAGCACUGGGAAUGCUUCAGCAUCACGAUCGUAAUGAAGCAAUCCUUUAGCGUAGUGUCCAUUUAAAUUUUCUAGCAGUAACUGAAAUAAAAAAUGAUGCAUAAAAAAUAGAUUAUUCGUACAACAUUUAACAGCAACGUGACAAUGCGGAGACACCUGCAGUUUUACCUUAGCAGUCAGUAAACUUAGAAACCUAUACUGGGGUUUCCGAGCCAUUUUCCAAAGUAAACAGCAUUAUUCAUCGCUUGCGAGAUGUUAAACUGACUCAAAACGCUACGUUUAAUGGUGUUUACAUUGGAAAGUGACGAGACAAAUCUUAGAAGACCAGUGGUAUACUCUAGUAGAGGUUUGACAUACGAUUCAUUUCACUCGGAGACGGAUGCAAGACAAUAUGAAUCAGUGAGUGCAACGGGUGCGCUUAGUCGGACUCAUUGUUGCUUACGCAGCAUUGGGUAUGCGCAAUAUGUUGGUGCGAGUCAGAGUCUUCCGUAAGCGUACCGGAGUCGUUCGGGUCGACCGGUAAAGUGCUAGUAGGUUCAGUAGGUGUUCAAGAAUGCAAACGCGAUUCCGAUUCGUUGGUGCAGCCGAGCCUUUCGGGUCGAGUCAGUCCAAAGUAGAUCCAAGAGCCAACCCCAAUGCACUGCACCAACGGGUCAGAGUCGCCUAUGCUUUCUUGCUUUCAUCUGCUGCUCAUUCGGAUCGAACCGAAAUCACUGCACCACCCACGGGUCGGAAUCGAAUUCCGGUUGUCUUGCACCGGACACCGGGUCGGAUCGUGAAAUGAAUCGUAUGUUUUACCACUAGUACACUCACUAAGCGUCACUCAACCGAUAGCCCAGUCUGACAAAACCUUUCAACGUGAGUGUUUUAAUUACAGUAAUAAAAAAAGCUAUUUUGCGAAAAA